GUCAAGGCUUGACUCGCUCUACAGUUUACAGCUUACCGCAACACUUGCAGCGCAGGGGGGGGGGAGAGCGAAAGUUAUGUCGCAGGAUCUACUCGACGAUUUCUUCUGCACGCCCGCUAGGCCGAGCCAUGGUUCUGCACAGUUUGGGGCACCGCCACCAACGGCGGUGAGUGAACUCGGCCAGCGGAAUCACCGCUCUAGCACCAAUACCACUACCUUUGAUGACCUAUUGGGAUUGUUCGACAGUCAGGCCGUUGCUGCACAGAAACCGAAGCCGACUCAGGUCUUAAGGUUGGCUCAUCCCGGACGGCCGGUUAGCUUUCAUGGGAAUGAUGCGGCGAAUCGGCCGGACCCAUUUGCAGCUCUUGGGAAUAUUACAAAAUGGUCGGUAACGCCGUUAGCGAGACCGGCGAGCAUAGCUACGUUCGACGACCUCUUUGCUACGGUGCCAACGUCUCAAGGGAAUGGGGGUGGGAUUGGGACUACCCUUGUUCAACAGCAAGAGGAAGAAGGGGAUGAUGAAUUUGGAGAUUUCGCGUCCGCUCCCACUGAUAGCAGAUCGGUACUUACUUCUUCUUUGGCAACGGGGACGAUGUUCCCUUCACCGCCGCCUUCCAGAGGUUCGAGAUCCUCGCCCCCACCUCCCCCUACUCCGCCGAAGCCAAAGUAUAUCCGACCUAGGAAGGUUUCCGAUAUAGAUCCCUUUGGUGACUUUGUUGCCUCCCCUAACACCACUUCGCCUCCUAUGCUCUCGUUCGGAUCACCACCUAUGGUACCCAGCAUUCCACUCAAGUCGUCCACUUCCAUCCUAGCUCCCUCACCAUACCGACGGCCUAGAAAACCCGUGGAAAUACCUCCAGUAGUAGUCCUAUUAGGAGCGUUCCCACCGCUAUUUUUACUGCCACAGGAACAGCUUCUGGACAAAAUGAAAGAUCUAUCGUUCCCUCUCCGUCAGCAAGUGCUCUCUCAUCGCAAGACGGAGGAAUUCCUAGAAGGUGUCUGCGAGAUCGGCAGAGUCGCCGGCAGGAUCGUUGCCGGUCGGAAACGACGGGCAAAGAGCGCGCUUCCGGGGGAAGCUGGUGGGGGGCUGAAGCUAGCCAACGGGGCGGGUACCGCCUGGCAACAAAAGAGGGAAGACAGAGAAGCGAAGGAGAUAUGCCGACUCUGGAAGGAUGGGUCUGGGCGACUGAAGGCUGCGAUGCGAGCUGGUAUUCCAGAGUUUGAGGAUGAGCCUUUGAAGGGGCCUGAAAGACAGGGGUGUAAGCUUUGCGGGCUGGGGAAGGAUGAGCUUCUGCCUGGGCUAAAGGAGAAGACAGAGAGGCUGGGAUGGUGGGACAGAGAGUGGUGUGGGCAUGCGGGGUGUAAAGGAUUCUGGGGAAAGCAUGGGAAGGGAUUGGUCUCAACGGGCGAGGACUUUAUUGGACCGUCAUAGCGGACGGUCUUCUCUUUGACUUGUAAUAUGAGAUUGGGAAGGGAUUGCUAUUUGUAGUAAUUUUAAUGUCUAGAGAACGUUGUAGCUUCAACAUUGUUUCGCUCUCUAUCCUUGCUAAAAUUAGAGUGCCGGUAUUCAGGUGCUGUGGAAAACAAAAGCGGUAUCAUAGUUAAUAUAGAAUCCUAAUAGAUCACCAUUCUCAUC